GAUCACUGAUCAAAUGAGAUGUAAAUCUCCCAAGAUUCCUUUAGUGCUCCCAUCCCUCUCUACUUUUUCAUAAUUAUUUUAAUUUUGAAAUAGCUGAUUUACAUUCCUAUAAAUACCUUCGCUAAUAGCUUAGUUUCCACCAUCAGAUUAGCUAGCCAAUACUCUCUGCUCUAAAUUGGAAAGAGUUGUAUAUUCAUUUCUUCCUCCACACACCAUAAUUUUGAGAAAACAAUGGCUACAGCUGAGGUUCAAUCAGCACCAGCGCCAGUCCCGGAGACUCUACCGAAGGAGGAAGUGAUCGCCACGGCGGAGCAAGAGACGGCGGUGGCGACGAAGGUUCUGGCAGCGGCGAUUGCCGAAGCAGCACCGCAGGAAGCAGCUGAAGAAGUUGCUCCAGUAGAGAAACCAGUUGCGCCGGAGACCGAGCCGCCGGCUCCAGAAGCCGAGCCUGAGGAAGUUCCGGCGGAAGAGCCAGCCGCUGAGACCGCGACACCGGAGGAUUCAGCCGAGGAAGCGAAAGAAGAAGUUCCAGAGAAGCCCGCGGCCGAGGAGGAAGAAACCUCCGAGAAGCCCGAGGCUGAGGUGGAGGGGGAGGCGGAGGCUGCAGCUCCGGCGGAGGAAGCCGCCGCCGAGGCUGCGCCGGCUGAUGAGGUGAAGCAACCGGCUGAGGAAGUUGCAGUUGUGAAAAGUGAGGAGUGAGAAUGUAGAGAGAGAGAGGUGGAGAGUUGAUGUGAAGAUAUGAUUUCUCUCGUGGGGCAGAUGCAUGCAGGAGUUGGUUAAGUUUCUUUAUUUUCUAUAUAUUUUCUCAUGUUUUUUUCAUUAACUCCAUCUCUGUCUACUUUACUACCAUUAUAUGUCGUGGUUUUAAUUAUAAAGUUAGAAUAAAAAGUAUUAUGUACUUCUUUCACGGGAAAGUUUUCCCUUUUUGCUUUAGUAUGGUUUGUUGGUCCAUAAUAGUUAAAGUUGUCUUCUCUCGUUUCACAUGCUGUACUUUGAAGAGAUGAAUAAAUAUUACGAUCUUCCUCCA